AUGUGGAGGUGGAGGUGGAGGUAUUCAGGGCGGGGUUAUCGUGACAAAUACCCUCUUGGUUCUCGUAACUUCGCCGUAGUCGGUCUCAGUGGUUCGGGUGGUGGUUGUUGUAGUCCACCUGUCUUUGAUUCAUUGAGGUCUGUCAAGGACAGGACCGUGACAAUACCUAACUCGCCCGAACAAUAUAAUAUCCCACCUAAGGAGUUAGAUGAUGAUGCACAUAAGGAUAGAAGAAGUCGGUAUAUCUCACCAGCGGAAGCUAGGGGGUUAACUGCGGAUGCCCGAGCCACCCUGUGCCGUGUGAAAUCAUCAAUGUUGGAAGCAUUCUUUCUGUACUGUGCUGCUCAUCCUGAGGAGACCAGAGACCUUCUCUACCCCGACGCACCAGCCACACUCACUUUCCAUGUCAUGAAUCAGUAA